ACCUAUGGUGAUUUGAUGAAUGCAGCUAACUGGGAUGUCCAAGGUAUAAUCUCGGAGAGGGAAAUUGGGGUUUAACGUCCACUCGACACAAACUAGGUCAUUUCGGGUCUAACAUAUGGUUCAAUUUUAUUUCAAUAAUUCGCUUGCGCAUAGGGGUCUGUCAAAAAAAAAAAAAAUUAAAUGAUCGUGAAUACUACCUUACAAUUGACUUGAAAUGUUUUGUAUACACUUUCAACCUAAAUAUAACCAUAUUGCCAGUUACCAGUCAGUACACCUCUUGUCUGCAGGUGCUUGUUUAAGGAUCCUCCCGCUGCUCCCCACCCCUCCCCCCCAAAACAAAUAAUAAGCCCAAGUAAGCACACCUAAAGUCCACAAAAAAGCAAUAAAAUGAAUAACAAUCAUAAAAUCACAUGAACUUUACGGUCAACGUGGAUAAAAAUUCUUUAGGGCAAGGUAACGAUCAGCUAACAGCUAUAUAGGCAAUAUGAUCUAUAUUCUACCGUUUUACCAUAGUGCUCAGUGUUAUUUUAUCCAUUUUUAUAUGCCCUCAAUGGCUUCUGGACGCUCUAGAGGCUAAAGUUAAUAUUCAAUUGACUUUAAAUUAAUACACAGUGUUUUAGGUCAUGAGAUGCAGAAGCCUAUUGAUCUUCAACAAUUUCCAAUGAUUACUCCGUCUUCAAUUUGUCAGUGGGAGCAGAACAGUAGGACGUUAAAUCCCAUUUCAUUUCCGAUAAUUACUGCCAGAUUGACUUUAAACUAUACACAGUGUUUAUGUUCAUGAGACGAUGAAGCCUAUUGAUUUUCAACGAUUGCCAAUAAUUACUGCCAAAGUUAUGGUCCUUGAACACUUUGAAAUAACUUGUGAACUAAAGUUUGCGGUCAUGAGAGGAAGAAGUCUACUGAUUUUCAAGGAUUUCUGAUAAUUAUUGCUAGAAUAAAAUAUUUGACAACCCUUGUUGACUGAGUGGACAACUUAGCUGCUGUGGGCGUAUGUUUCGUUGUCUGUCAACCUAUCUUGUAUUUUGUUUUAUUUUAUGGACAUGCAUUGUGGGGUUGGAUUGUGAGUGGUGCCCUAGAUUCCCCCCACCCCCAUUAAGAACUUCUAGAUCAUCUAGGCAUACUGUUUGUUGUAUGUAUUAGUUUCCAAGUUGACAAUAUUGAAAGAGAUUGGACAGUGUAUAUUAUCUGUUUAUUUGUUGGGGGGGGGGAAACUUUUUUUAAAUUUUGAAAUAGCCUGUGACUUGUUUUGUUGUUUGAGGUGUGUGUGCCUGAUAAUCCGAUAAUUAAUAAAAUGACAGGUUGAAGGGAGGUAACUCCAUUUUUAAUGCAUAAAAAAAUGGCCAAAAAGUAGAAAGGGGAGCAGUUAGUUAUUAUUUAUUUUAAUAAUGAAUAAAUAUUACUAAACAGUGCUAUUUGUAUGAUCCGUACAAUGUCAGUAAUGUAAGUUUACCUCUUUAAUAUAAAUGCAUCCUAGUUUUUGCUUUACUGAAGAAUAACAUUGAUUAGUGAGUUAUCCCCUGCAGGCAUUAUGGACUGGCCCCUUUCUACUUCCUGUUUGUGUUAGAAACCGUGCUGUGUGUUUUUGUUGUUUCAUGAGUUGAUUAUUAUAUGGAUCUAUGAAGCAAGGGGCAAGGAAGGCAUUUAAUUAAACGAAAGAAACAGGGCAACGUUUUCUUAGACUGUUUUAAAUUAUUGAGUACCAACUGCUAAAGAUUCUAGACUGUAUUCUGUAAGAUUGUCCUAUCUAUUACGUCAUCAAAAUGGUUAAACUUACCACAGAACUUAUGACAAGAGGUACUUCAGGCCAUAACAAGAAAAACAGAGAAGAAACACAAAGUCACUAUUUAGAACGUCUAACACAUCUAUAUUUAGAAGAAAGGGGAAUAGAUGAUGUAGGAGAAGAACUGGGUUUAUGUAGAAAUUUAGUCGCUUUAUAUCUUUAUGACAAUCAACUUUCAAGAAUACCAAAACUUAGCCAAAAUCCAAACUUAACCCAUCUUUAUCUUCAAAAUAACAACAUAAGAAAAAUGGAGUGUUUAUCCAGUCUUCGAGAUCUUUCCAAAUUAUAUAUAGGUGGAAAUGCAAUUACUGUUUUAGAGGGUAUCGAAAAUCUAAAGAAUUUACAAGAAUUACAUGUUGAGAAUCAGCAGUUGCCAUCUGGGGAAAAAUUACUGUUUGAACCGAGGUCUUUAAAGACUAUUGUAUCAUAUGUUCAAGUGCUGAAUGUUUCUGGUAAUAAUCUUGACAGUAUAAAAGAACUCGAAAAAGCUGUUAAUUUACGUCAACUUAUGGCAAGUGAUAACAAUAUUACAGAUAUGAAAGAGUUGUCUCAUGUUUUAAGUAAUUUGACAAAAAUAUGGCGAUUAGAGUUGAUAGGGAAUCCUGUUUGUCACAAAUCAAAAUACAGAGACAAAAUCAUUGUCAUGUGCAGAAAACUAGAAUUAUUAGAUAGCAAGGAGAUAACAGAUACAUCUAGACAGUUUCUACAUAAUUGGCAGGCAUCUAAAGAUGCCCAGAAAAGAAAGAAAGAAGAAAUGAAUAAACAAGAAUUACCUGAUGUAUUGUAUUCAGAUCUUCCACCUGUAAAAGGUCCACCCAUGCAUGCCACUAUACCUGGUUAUAUUAUGCCAGGAUUACCGAGAAAACAGUUCGAACAACUACUGGUGAAGAAAAGUACGUCUGAUAAUCUUAUUGCAAAUGAAACACAAUUCGGACUAAAUAAAAUACCCAGAGCAAAGGUUUUCCCCUAGAAUAAACAGUUGAGAGAGUGGAAUGUGUGAAGGGAACAAAAACUACAGAACUGAAAGUAUAUGUACUAAUCGCAAGGUCAUUAAUCACUGUAAUGUUGCAGAUAUUAAAAUUGCAUGUAACCGUUGGUGAUAUAUCAAAACUUAUAAACCAUAUAAUAUAUAUAACUGUUUUCUGUGUUAUUACUGUGGAGUUUAAGAUCAUCUAUAUUUACUAAUUUCAAAUACUGAUGAAACCAAAUUCAGAACAGAUUUUCAUAUGUGCUACUUAUAUUCACUGUGAAGAAGAUAUUGUUAAAAAAUAAUCAAGUUGGGAUGCCAUGUCAUUUAUCCUCUACAUUCUCCAACAAAAUAUAAAUAUUAGCAUUUAUACAAUAAAUUGAAGUUUAUUAACUGGAAGUCUUUUGACAAUCGGGAUGUUCCAGUCUAAGUUGUUACAGUGUGUGUUGUGUUGGUUAUCUGGUUGUUGUGUGCUCUGACAAUUUUAUUCAGUUUGUGUGUUAAAAAUAUGCCCCUCCCACCCAAAUAAUACAGUAGCAAUUUGUAUUGUUCUAUUCCAAGUCUUGGUUCAGUGAUGUUGUUUUUAUUACCAUAGAGAAUUAUAGGGUAAACUAUUUUGUGAGAACUUACGGAUUGUGACAACUUAUGGAUUGUUUUGUUUUGUUUUUACUAACAGGACACAGACUCAUUCAAAGUACAUGUAAUAGUAGGACAAAUACAUUUAUUAAAUGUGUGUGUUUUUUGUCUGUAGUCUCGACCCAAGUUCUUGUGUUGGUAUAUUAUUAUUCAAAGUGGCACAACUGCGAAGUGAAAACCGUAUUGCUUAUUAUAAAUAUUGUUAAUUUAUUAUUUGUGUAAUUAUUCAUUAUUUAUUUUCAGAUUCUAUGUGCAUGGUGGAACUCCAUAUUUUAUUAUAGUUGUGAGAGGAUCAAAAUAUUAUGAUGAAUUUUUAAAACGAUAUAAAAUUGCUUCAUAAUCA